AUGGCGUCGCUGGUGGGAUCGCCAUGGCUGAGGGUGAGGAUUCUCCCGGAGGUGGCGCCGCCAUUCUUCCAUCAAGCCGCCGCCUUCAGGCCUCAAGUCUCCCUCCGCCGUCGCCGGUUCCCGGUCUCCGCUUCUGCAGGGGAGGGAGAAGUCCGCGUUCGGUUUGCCCCUUCGCCCACUGGGAACCUUCACGUCGGCGGGGCGAGAACGGCGCUGUUCAAUUACCUAUUUGCCAGGUUCUUGGAAUUAAUUUCACCCUGCUCUUCUGCUUUGACCUCUUUCGCGGAGGAUUGCUCCGGGUUUUGUGGUGAAUGUAGCAGCCUUGUUCUAGGAUAUCGCAUUUACACCUUGGUUAGAUUAGCCGUGCCUUUUGUUCUAGCACGUGAAGGUUCAUAGAAGGAUUAGCAUCUUAGAUAUCAAGAUUCUGCAGGUCGUUCUUUGAAGGAGACAGAUAAGUGCUUGAGAAUCCUCUUUAGAAAAAAGUGCAAGUCGUGGUGUCUGAGCAGGGUCAGAGACAUUGAAGCUGUGAGAAGUUUAUGGGACCUUUUGGAAAUGCGUGCCACACGCAGCCAUAAAAGAAUUACCGGAAAUCAUGUUAUUUUCAGUUGAUGCGAAACUUUUACAUUAACUGAAUUAUUAAACCGUAUGGCUAUUUUUACUGCUAGAAGCAAAGCUGCUUCAAAUGGCAUCUUUCAUUCCCCCAUCCGUGGUGCCAACGAGUCGUCUUAAUUUGUUUGAGGAAAUUAAAAACUCUAUGCCUUCAUUAUAUUGAACAUGAACAGCGCCUGCUGCUCUCAUUAAUUGAAGAGAAACGAAAGAAAAAUUUUCAUAAAAAUUCUUGUAGUAUGAUGAAUGAAAUAUUCAUUCUUCACAUGCCGGAUACUAUCAAUCACUUCUUACCUGGGAACAACGACCGAGUUUUUCAAGCUUUCUUGUUUUUUUGAAUUGGGUAUGUACCUAAAAACUUAUAUGAUAAGACGGUCUAGACUAUGAUUUGAAUACCCAAAUGAUCAACUGGGAAGUAAGGCUAUUAUUUACUCAAGUGAUGGGAACUCCAUUGGUUUCUCCCACCAAGGGGUAGUUGGGCUGACCCUGUUUUUCGGCGAGCAUUGUAAUGUCCCUUCGUGGUUACCCAGUUAACCUGGAGAGGAGGUAGCUACAAUGGAAAGGGAGAGGAAAAAUAGGAUCUUACUCAAAUAGAGGAGAUAAGAACUGGCCCAGACAAAAAUGGAAGAAGCCCAUCCGAAAAUUCAAACCCUCCUGACCUUAGAGACUAAGAACGUAGAAGAAUGAUUGAUGUGGGGAUUUGACGUCAUGUGAAUCAAGGUGGCGACUGUGUUCCCCCUAUGAUUCCUCUCAUAGUCAAGAGAGAAAAAUAAUUUGUGGAAUCGAUUAUACUUCAUGAGGUUCCAAUACACUUUCUAGAUGAUUAUUUCGUAUGAUCAAACCUCACAUUGGAGGAUGAACAACGAAGAUUCAGGCCAUUGAAAGCUGAGCUGGCAACCUAUGGUCGUAAUGUGAUGAAAAUUUUCCAUCAAUCAACUAGUGUUGCUUUGAAUGUUAAGACAUGCCUUAUCAUCACUAGUGUUGCUUUGCUGAUGGAAGUUGAUGAGUUAUUAACAUAGAACCUGUUUCAUACGUCAGAGUCAGGAUUAUUGUCAUCUCUAGGGGAAAAAGAUGAGAUGCAGUGUUAGAGAUGUAUAGAUUUUGUCAUGCUGGAAAAAGAUAUGGAUUUACUUGGAAAUGUUACAAAAUAUUUGCCAUGUGGCCCAUUAGCUUGAGAAAAAGUAGGCACUAGCUUCAAGAAGAAACUCAAUGGGUCAACUGUCAUCAGGAUAUCUGUUGUAUAGUGCUUCUUGAAUUAUGAUAAAGAGUCAGUAGGUCUCACUGAAUUAGACAACUCAGGAGACUCUUAGAGGAUGAUCUGACCAUCUAGUCAGCUAGGUCCGAGUCCAUUCAUCCCACUCGAACCAACUGCCUUAGCUGUAGUAUACUCAAGUGGGCUCCUAUUGGAGAGGAACCUUCUGGAAGAUGAAAAAUGUGGGAGAAAACAAUCUCUUCACUGACAAGUUUUUUGCGGUUGAUUCGGUUACAACCCAUGAGUACAAGGUCAGAAAAUUCAGCCGUGGCAGCACAGUCGUCAAGGGACGUCAGAGAUUGGAGCUUUCGAGAGUGUAAAAAUCACCCAUCUUGGUGGGUAUUGGUCCCCAUCAUGGUCAGCAAUUACCCUACUAAAUGAUGCCUGAGAUGGAUGAUCUAUUGGGUUGAGACCGAUAUAGUUACCUAAACUAUUGGACCCGGUGAACACCGUAUUGUGUUUUUAACGGUUAUCACUCUUCCUCUGCGGGAAGACAUGGGAACUCUACCUGUAACCAGAAUUAUUUUGGACCCCUUUAGUUGUCCUCAAACAUGAGCAUCAGAGGCUCCAAGCAUUGUGCUCUCUAUGAUUUGUUAUAGUCCAAAUGACAGAGAAUGAAGAAGACAAGGUUGAAUGUAUAUGCAAAGAAGAGUCAAAUAUAUAAAAAAGGAAAGAAGAGAAGGAGACCAGGAAUGUGUUUAAUGCUCCAUUGGAAAUAAUAGUUUUCAUGCUCCAUUGCUCACUCUGUUGUGCCCUCAAUUUCUAUUCCAUGUCACUGUUCGGAGAAUUCCUUUGUUUCUAAAUUACAAUACAACGACUCUAUGUUACAUAAUAUUUAUGAAUGGUGAUUUUUUUCUUCCAGAUCUAAGGGUGGAAAGUUUAUCCUUCGAAUUGAAGAUACUGACUUGGAGAGAUCAACAAAGAAAUCGGAGGAAGCAGUUAUCCGUGAUCUCUCAUGGCUUGGUCUUGAAUGGGAUGAAGGUCAGUUUACUUUCAGGCUUUCUUAAGCUAUUGAUUUUCUCAUUUUUCAUCUAUUUUUCCAACUAUAGCAAAGGUCGUUGUGACCAUUGUGCUUGUCUCUGUACCUAAACUUUCUCAUAGCAUUGCAGAUGACUUUUAUAUUUUUUAUGUUUAAAUGAUUGAAGUUGAAAGGUUUUUGGAGCCAUCCUUCGGAUUUUAUCAGAUUCACAUUUAUUACUCAAAAUAGAUUGAAUCGGACGGCCUUGACCAAGACACCUGUUUAUGGACUAAUUUUCUUGUUUUUUAGUUAACUUAGAGGAGGAUUUUCUUUUUCUGAGCUAAUGAACGGUUCAAAUUAUGUGGGUUAUUGCCAAAAUGGAUAAGUUGCUGUGUAAAUAAUAUAUACAAAUAACUAAUUCUACGAUGUGUGAUCUUUAUUUGUCAGACCUUUUUCUUGUCUUCUCCUUGAAAAACCCUUUUAAAGAGAAAGUAUCUAAUGAUAAUGCCCACUGCUUCUUGUCUGUCUUCUUAGUUCGGACUAGUUAUUAUUUUGAUUUCUAACCUUGAUUUUCAUGCUCUUCUCUAGUAUUUGUGGUGACAUCAAAUAAAGUACAUUACUGACCUAAUCUUCUGUGAUUUAGAGAAAUAUACUUAAUCACGUCAUAAUUUUGAUUGGAGUAUUCACUGUCUUAGGACUGGACAAAUGAAAAGGACUAAAGUUUUAGAAAUUUAUUUUAAAAUUCAUUGUAUUGAUUCUUCCUAGCAUUAUUUGUGCUCUCUGUUUUUUUCACGUCCAUUGCUUGCUAAACCACAUUCUAUCAAUUUAUAGUAUGUCAUUUUACUUUUAUCUUGAUUCUUUCUGACUUAUAGCCUUUUGUGAACAUUCAUGAGUUAUAGUUCUUGAUCAUGACUCUAUUAUGUUUGAGCCUGCAGGCCCCGAUGUUGGUGGGGACUUUGGCCCUUAUCGGCAAUCUGAAAGAAAUUCACUAUACAGGAAUUAUUGUGACAAAUUGCUAGAGGAUGGUCGUGCUUAUAGGUGCUUUUGUUCCAAUGAGGUAUUUUUUUCCCACCAUUUACAUGUUGGUUGAGUGAAAUCUUUUUUGACUUUCUUAUCAUCCAUGCAGUACAAUUAUCUGGCAUUUUCGUAUCAUCAUCUAAUUAACGUUUUCAGUUAGUUGUUGUGACCUGUAAAAAAGUUGUGAUUAAUUUUGACGAAUCACCUGUUUAUUUUACUAAAACUUCUGCUUUUGUAAGAUGCACCUACGUCAUGGCUUGGGGGUGACUUAAACUAUGUUGUAUUUUGAAAGAUCACUGUUAAUGAGAUUAGGUAAUGCUUCUGAUGAUUCGAUUAGAGAGGAAGACUUGAUUGAAAUUCAUACAAAAACAAAACCAUCCAAGAUUAGUAGCUCCAUGUUUUACUAUUCUUCCAUUUUCAUUUUUAAAGGUCGCUCCAAAUUAUAAGGCAAUAGAAUUGAAUUUUUUUUGACGCAGUGAGUGAGAAUUCAGGUCUUCCUGUUAACAUCGGUGGCUUUUCAAUAACCCAGAUAAGAUUUCUGGCGUGGGCUAAAGAUUUUAAUUUUAAUUUAAUUUGCCAGAUCAAAAUUAUAUUUAAAUCCGUUAAGAUUGCAAGUUUUGCAUGUUCAUGAAUGAUAUUUUUUUGGUUAAUGGAACAUGAAACCUUGUGGUCUUUCGGUAUCUCAAUUUUCGCUGGUCCUUAUGGACAAGAGAACAGAUGCUUUUUAGUAAGUACAUUUUGAGAGUCCAUGAUGUAUUUAUGAAGGCUUCCUUUUAUGAACCGGAGACUGCAUCAUUGUCAUGAGCAUCUGUGAUGAAUCCUUGAGAAUGCUGCUCUCUCGACUAUGAUUUCUUUGCAUUGGUGGGGACAUUGAUUGUGGCAGUGUUAUUGUUGCGCCCCAGCGUCAUGUGAAUUUGGGGAAACCUUGGAAUUCUUUUUUGAACAUUUUCCUGUUGUUGAAAGAGUGGCUUGUCCUGAGUUGCAUUCUCGGUUGUAUGCAUUUGAGAUUGUUUAGUGUCAUAAUAAGGGAAAAUUACUUAGUUCAACUGAUAAUUGCAGACAUUUUUUUUCAAACAUAACGUUUUAUGCCACGUUUUGUGUCAUUUUCUUAAUUUUUAUAUGCCAUUAACCUUAUUAUUGCUCAGGUUGAAUAACGUCAUAAUUUUGGAAAUGAUAGAUUUGUUGAUUCUUUCUAGGAAUUAGAGGAAAUGAAGGAGAUAGCCAAAUUGAAGCAGCUGCCCCCUGUAUAUACCGGAAAAUGGUCCACGGCCACAGAGAAAGAAAUAGAGGAACAGCUGGAAAAGGGAACACCUUAUACGUACCGUUUUCGUGUACCAAAGGAGGGAAGCGUGAAAAUCAAUGACCUUAUUCGUGGCGAAGUAUGUUUUUAAGAACUUUAAUGUAGACUACCUUUUCAGCAUUCAGAUGGUUGGGUACAUUAAUCAUGUAUUCUUGAAAUUUUCUGCAGUCUGUUGGAAUGGAGUCACUAAUUGAUUUUGCUUUAUUAUUCGUGGUUGCAUGUGUGAGGUUUUGAUUGACUUGAUGUGUCAUGAAGGUUAGUUGGAGUUUGGACACACUUGGAGAUUUCGUUAUUUUGAGAAGCAAUGGACAACCUGUGUACAACUUUUGUGUCACGGUAGAUGAUGCAAAUAUGCGGAUAUCACAUGUUAUAAGGUACACACGACCUCUUCUUAACAUAUCAUCAUGGUUUCAAAAAGAAUGCAAAAUUUUUAUCUAUGAUGAAAAUCUCUGGUAAUCUAUUGAUGUUGAAAGUGAGAAAUCUCUGUCGAAUUGAAUGGGUCUAUUAACUCAAGAUCUGGGAUAAGCCUUUCAAAGUCAUAUUGAAUCUUUUUGGCCAUGCUCAUUCUAGAAGCUGACAUUCACGUGUACAGUAUUCUCGUUUACAUGUUUUCGAUCCAAGUUCCCAUUCCUUUAAAUAAGGAUGGUUGUAAUGCUGUUUCAUGCUGUCUUUGAUUGUUGUAUCUGCCGUCAAAGUAAUUGAUACGUCCACUUCAAGAUGUACUUCUACCCUGCUGUAAAACAAUGUACGAAUCAUUUUAGCUUAUCACGUUCUUAUUUUAUGUUCUCCAGGGCAGAAGAGCACUUGCCAAACACCCUACGGCAGGCACUGAUUUAUAAUGUAAUCUUGCUUUUCAUUGGAUCUUUUUUCAAAAAUAUUACGUCUCCCUUUGCUUUUUGCUGAUUCGGUCUCAAGUGUUAAUAUUAUUUGUUUUGCUAGGCCCUAGGAUUUUCGAUGCCCUCUUUUGCCCAUGUCUCAUUGAUUCUUGCGCCUGAUAGGAGUAAACUAUCAAAACGUCAUGGUGCAACCUCGGUCGGUCAGGUACUUGAUGUUAACAAUUACAUGAAGCCUUAAGAUUAUAAGAAUUUUUCAGUAUUUUUAAUGCCGUAUUUUAUUUCUUGGAUGAACAGUUGUAAUAGUGUUUCCAUUUUACCAUGUUUCCAUUGGUAGUUCCGGGAAAUGGGAUAUUUGCCUCAGGCAAUGGUGAAUUAUUUGGCACUUUUAGGUUGGGGUGAUGGAACCGAAAAUGAAUUUUUUACAAUUGACCAGCUUGGUGAGUCUUCCUUUUUUUCCCUUUUGAAUUCAUUUUUCCAAUGGAUUUGGGAUGACCAUGUGACAAUUUCUUUCUCUUUACCAAAUUUCAAUUUCAGUUGAGAAGUUUUCAAUAGAGAGAGUUAAUAAGAGUGGAGCUAUCUUUGAUUCAACAAAGUUAAGGUAAUUCUGUAAGUUAUGAGACUGUUUUUGUUGCUGCCUUUUUCUCUUGAAAUGUAGUCAAUUAUUUCACCCCUCGUAUGCGUUCCUUAAUCCUUUAGCUUGAAGAUCAUGAUUAGAUCAGUUUUAUCUUUUUUAAACUGUCGGCCCUGGGAAGGAGAUAAAUCCUUUCAAGAGGGUGAAAAGGAGGUGGAUUGUUUCAUAGAUUAAUCGGAGUAUGCAGAAAUUAAAGAUUUAUCUUGUUUCUGUGAAAUAAGCACAUAAUGGCACCAAGAUAUAUCUUGUUUAAGUAAAAUCUCAAACUUUCUUUCCUUGUCAGGCUAUCAUUAAGUUACCCUUUGACUUAUUAUAGAUUAGCUUACCCAACUAGCGAAAUCUCACUCAAUAGUAGUAAGCAUGUUAUCAAAAAUUACAAGCUCCUGUACUCGCGGUAUAAGUGAAGUUUCAGUCCUACGAAGGUUCAAAUUCUCUUGAGAUGCUUCUAGAGACGUCCUGAAUAUCCUUCUUUACGUCUUGAAAUAUGAUUAGCUUGACUGAGAAAAAGAGGAUAUUUGAGGGGUAUGAAGGCCCACGAAUUUGAUGAUUAUCUGGCUUCGACUAUCCUCUUUUUUCUGGAUGAAAAUUCUCCUGUGUAGCUGCUCUAAUCACCUAUUCCAGUUUCUAUUCUUAGCCUUUUUUCUAAUUGAGCUUCAUCAGAUGCUGACACUCUUUAAGUUAGACUCUCAACACUUAGCUGUAAUGGCUUGCAAAAAUGUUCGUUCAAUGUACACCUUUUAGCAUCAAAUUUGUCUGUUAACACGAAUGUUGGAGAAAUGCAAGCUAAGCUCUUGUACUUUCGUUGGCUGGUUUACUGUUUUUUAUUUUCUUCGAAGUGGUGCUUGUGCUAGUGUACUUUCCAUUUUGAUUAAAUCACGAUUUGCGUGGGUUUUUGGUAUUUAUCUCUGAAUGUCGUUUAACUGUUCGUUUUUGCCUCUCUAACUCAAGGUGGAUGAAUGGGCAGCACUUGAGGUCCCUCCCAGCGGAUAAGUUGGUCAACAUCUUAGGCCAACAGUGGAAGACUGCUGGGAUACUGUUAGAGUCCGAGGGGAUGUUUGUAGAGGUACAAUCAACCACUUAAUACAUUUAGGCGUUGACUUGAUGGUAUCACAUAUUUUCUGGAAAAGUCAAAAUGAUGGGAUCUGUGUACAACUUACGCUGCGUACUAGUUUCUUUUUUUGUCCUUUGGAAAUGUAUCAAUGUAUAAAGUUGUGCAUUUCAUAGCCUUCUCCCUUCCAUCCAUUGAAGUUGUGGGCUGGAAGAACAAGAACCAAUAACAGGUUCUUCAAAACCAGAUUGGGUAUUUAAGGGCUUUAAAGAAAAUUAAUAGAAAUGCUAGAAUCACCCAAUUCCAAACUGAUUCGACUGCCAAUCGAUCCACCCUUUUCUUGGAACGGCUCGUGCUGAUUUGAAUGUGAACCGUCAAAAUCAGCGAAUUUGGGGAAAGUAAUUUUCAUGUUCAAUGGUGUUAGAAUAUGAACAUAGAAAUUCUUAAUAUCAAAGUCUCUUGUGGUUGCCUCCUGCUACUGUGUCCAUACGUUGGCUACCAUCACCUCCUUCCAUUGCGACCGGGCAGCAGCUUACUACCCUCCACUCCUAUCUUUAUACUUAAAUGGUUAUUGUUGAAUAGUUUGUAAUUAAUUAUGUAGAUGUAUACACUUAUUAUAUCUCAAAUCGUUGGAUUUUAUGAAAUCCCUCUGACUUUGUUCUCUCAAAAGUGAGGCCAAGAGUUAAGGUUUCGGUGUUUCCGUGCUAUUUCUGUGUACACUAGGUUUAUAUCCUCAGUAGAUUGGCUUACAAUAUCAUGUAUGUAUCUAUAUAUAUAUACAUAUAAGUUUGGUCUAAGUGUUAUCCCGCAUUAAUUCUGUGACAGACAUACCAAUUCUGCAUCUUCUGCUUUGCUGUGCCCUCCAUUGCUCACAUCGCUUUCUUUGGGCAAAGCUACAGUGUCAUCUGCUAACAUUGUUACGGAAAUGGAGUGCAGGAAGCAACUGAGUUGCUGAAGGAUGGAAUUGAUUUGAUUGCCGAUUCAGAUUCAGCCCUGAAAAACUUGCUAGCCUAUCCCCUGCAUUCCACUUUAGCCAGGUACCUACUCUGAGCUGAAUGAGAAUGCAGCUGCCCUUAAUUUCCUCAACUGCGCCGCCUCCUGUAAAUGUGGGUUGGCUCGUUCAAGCUUUUAAUCUCAAGUAUUUAUUUAAUUCGCCCUGAUUAUUAUAGAAUUUUUUUUCGUGUAGAAUCUCUUUUCUAUAAAUUUGAUAAUAAGUUUUUCUUUGAACAUGAUAAUAUAUGUGAGGGAAAAUUUAAUUUUUUCUGCUUGGAAUAUCUUUUCUAUAAGUCAACGGAUGCAAUUUUUUUUGCUGAAACAUGGUGGAAAUGCCUGAUCAUCAGUGCGGAGGGCAAACCCAUAUAUGAAGACAAGCUUGCCGAUGUGGCUGCCAGCUUGAUCUCCGCUUACGACAGUGGAGAGCUCCGAGAAGCUCUCGAGGAAGGGAAGGCUGGCUGGCAGAAGUGGGUCAAGAGCUUUGGAAAAGCACUGAAGCGCAAGGUGAGGGUCAACCGCAUUUUUAAUGGCACCUUUCACAGAAUCAUCAAUAUUAAACCAUCCCUAGCUAAUCUUAUCUUAGGCUUUUCUAAGUUCACUGGAAAUAUUAUUUGUAUUGGGUUUGUGGGGGGGUGGUGAGUGGUCAACGGGUUUCAUCCUAGGUCAAACCACAACCCAUACAAAGUCUGUUGAUGGUCCUGCAUAUUGUGACCACCAAGUCUCAAGUUCUUACUGACCCGUUGACUUACCUACUUGCUAUUCUUUCUUCUCUGAACACCAAAUCUCAGAUCCAAAUCUUGCUACUUGCUAAUUUUAUAAUCCAGAGAACCAAAUCCUUUUUUUUUUUUUCUUUGUCCUAGAAAACUGGUCCAGGCUUCAAAAAAUGUUUUAAAUUAUUUAUAUAAUAUCCGGAUGACAUUACACAAGAAACAUUAUAGAAUUAUACAGAAAUCAGCUUCUUAUUUUGUGCAUCCAUAUAUAUAUAUAUAUGAUGGAACUACAGAUUAUUCUACUUGAACAAAAGUAAUGAUUUGAAACCCAGAUUAUUCUUUUUUUGUUCCUUUUGAUCUGUCCAAAAUAAAAUUGGACCAGGGUCAACCUUUUUUUUUCUUUUUCUGGUUCUCCCUCAUUAUAUUUGUAAACCCUAUGAUCCAGAUUCUUCCUCUUGUCCCCACUCGUCUCUGCAGGGGAAGUCUCUCUUCAUGCCUCUGCGAGUGCUGCUGACAGGGAAGCUCCAUGGCCCUGAGAUGGGGGGCAGCAUAGCCUUGCUCUACGAGGCCGGCAAGUCUGGAGUCGUCGGGCCUGAAGUGGGCUUUUUGACUUUGGAUGAGAGGUUCAAGCUCCUCAGAGACCUCGACUGGGAGGCCUUCAGGGACUCAGAGCCCCAGCUCGAGUCAGCCACCACCACGGCCACCCACUGA